AUGGCGAAGUCUGGAGCUGCCCAAGUCCGGACAGAUCGUCAUGCCAUCAACAGAGAGCGCACAGCGGCUGCUGCCGCUGCCACUGCAGAAGCAGCUUUCAUUGUGCCUCCUGAGUACCAUCACCAUACCAAUGGUGGGGUUCUCUUCCGCGAGUCCGAGGGUGUGCAACGACUGAACAAGGUAUGGGCACGACAGGAGAUGCCCCGUGUGAAGAGUAGGUUAUAUGAUGCCAAGAUUCAUGACGGCGUCAAAUAUGAGCGAAAGGCGACUGGGUCUUUCAUGGGAAAGCUUGUAUCACAGGGUACAAUUAUCCAUAUUGACGGUGAGGAGUAUGUUGAAUACCGCGUUCUUACAAAGCCAUCGUUCUUCUAG